CUUCACCAAUUUCCCAGUGAUGGGAGAUCACUACACUCACACAGCAAAUAUUGUUUUCUAAAUAUUUUUGAAAUAUUGUUGCAAACAGGAAAAUGUCCGCCAUUGAGGAAAUAUUGAUACAAAAUACUUGUGGAAAUAUUUCAUUAGAAUAUUUUGGAAAUUUUCAACUUUAAUACCGAUUGGUUUUUAUAUUUUUUAAAAAUUCUAACUUUCUAUGAAAUAUUUCUUAAAUAUUGCUGGAGUUUUCAUGUGUAAUAUUUCAGAAAAUUGCAUGGCAAUAUUUCCUCAUAGGCGGACAUUUUCCUGUAUGCGACAAUAUUUCAAGAACUUUUCAUUGAAAUAUUUUGGAAAUAUUAUGUGCUGCGUGGGCAGUAGCGUCAGUCUGUGUCGGUCAGACAUAUCCCUAUACAAAUUCGAAAAGUACUUUCGCACGUCGUGUUUGGCCCUAUAAGACCACGUGUUCGUGAAAUCUUUUAAUUUUUAAAUUUUUAGAUAAAUGAAUUUUUAUCUUUCGGGAGUGCUCGUACUUUGUAAAUCCGCGAUCGAGUACUUAAUAUAUUAAUUUUUUUUUUUAAAUUUACUUCUCUGUGAAUAAAUUUUUAUUUAGUUAAUUUUAAUUGAAAAUAAUUUUAUUAGUACCGGGAGUGUUUGUAAUAUUUAAAACCGCGAUCGUAUAAGUAAAAAUUAAAUGAGUUUUGAUUACAGUGAACACGUGGUUCGGGAGUGUUCGUAAAUUUUUAAAUCGCGAGUGAGUGUUUUUAGUGCCACUCCGGGAUGGAGAUCGGGUAUGGGCGAAGGGUGUCCACGAUUCAAUGAAUUAGUGCAAAAAAAGAAUCUUGAAAUUCGUCUGUGUUAUCUCUAUAUGGUCAAACAGAAUAAGAGCGGUCAUCCAAACAUAACCUCAGAGUUCGGGCUUCCUGAUUGGUUACCAAGGACAGAUUUUCCAUCGAAAUUAAAAAAAAAAGGUCCUACUUUAAAUCCAGAAGAGGAAAAAAGGGAAAUUUGUGCACAUCUAAAGCAGCUAAAGAGGGUCUAUGAUGCCUUAAACUUCGCCUCGGGUGGACAUGUCUAAACUCACAAAGGUGGUACGACUAUUUUCUGGGCAUAUAUGGGCCAUGGACUGUCAAGUGGUGAAAAUUAUUUAUACUAGGAAGAUCAUCAGGCCCACUCUAAAAUUUUUUGCAAAAUAUUCUUAGUAAUUACAGUAUGCAGUUGUUUCCUGAACAAGAAGAGGUUUCGGAGAUUUUCCAUGUGAACACGAGCAGAAGAUACGUCAGACAAUCGUAUUAUAAAAUUUAUUUUAACAAAAAUUCUCUAUGAAUUAUAAAAUAAAAGAAUAAUUUUGAUUAUCGGAGAAUUCAAAUUAAAAUUGGUUGCGCGCCACUUCCAGUAAAUUAAUGUCAGCCAAUCAACGCCCGGCGUUCUGUGUUCUACCCUCUCCAGCGUCGAGCGUCACUUCAAGAAUAAUCUCAGCCAAUCAACGCCAGGCGUUCUGCGUUCCACCACCUCCAGCGACGCGCGCAACUCCAUCGACACUUGUCGAGUCUUCACCCAUUUAGUCCGCCAUCAGCCACGUGCCAGCAACGUCCAGAAUUGAGGUGAGUUUUUCUCAAUUACUUAUCCCAGAUACCACUCCCUUUUCCAGGAAGUUAACCAUGUAAAGUUCCUUACUUAACUCUGUCAUUUUCCAGUUAAAUUGCAUGAAUUUCUAUAUAUCCCCCUUUUUUCUUUCCUUUGUUAACUUUUCUAGUACUUAUCAAUUAUUUACUAGAAAAAUGCAAAGGAUUAUUUCUAAAAUAUUAAAGUCUUAAGUUUUAAAGUUUGUAGUUUAAAAUUUUUUUUAAAUUAUAUAAUCGGAGUACUUUAAAUAAUUACUUUGGAAUUUCCUCGAAAAUAAAACUAAAUUUUUUUUUGUAAUUGGGACAUUCCACUUGAAGCGGGCAAUCUCUAUCCUGGUUUGUUUUUCAAUAUUAUUACUUUUAAAUAUUACUAAUUUAUUAAAAAUAUAUUAAGCGAAGGAAAAUGGGUAAAUAUUUUGUAUUAAAUUUAAUUUCCUUGACGGCAUUAAAUUUAAUACAAAAUAUAUAUCUAUUUUCCUUCGUUUUGUGAAUUUUUAAUAAAUUAAUAAUAUUUAAAAGUAAUAAUAUGAAAAAGAAACAAGAGGGGGUUGUCCUCUUCAUCUAGAAAGCCCCAAAUGUCAUUAAAUAAGUUUAAUAUGUGCAUAAUAUUUAAUUAUAUAUAUUAUAUAUUUUAACAUUGUUUUAAUUAAUAUUUUUGUAUAAAUAUUAUUACUUACAAAAUUUUUAAAAUCUCUUAAAAAUAUUGAUAAUAAAAAGAUGUUUUUUUGUCAAAAAAAAACUUCUUUUUAUUAUCAAUAUUAUUAAUUAUUACUAUUUUUUUUAUUAUUACAAUGAAAUACAUAAUUGCACAUAUGUGACCUAGACAGUGAAAAGAGGGUUCACGUGAGAAAAAAUUUAUUUGUUAUUGAUUGUUUAUUCUGAUAGAAAAAACUUUUUUCUAACAGAAUCACCAAUCAAUAAAAAAUUUAUUUUUUCGCACUUAUGCCCCCUUUUCACUGUCCAGGUCACAUAUAUGCAAUUAUGUACUUCAUACUAAUUGUAAAAAAAAGUAAUAAAGAAUAAUAUUGAUACAAAAAUAUUAACUAAUUGAAUAAUGUAGAAAAUAUUAAAUAUAUAAAAAAAUAUUAUUUGUAAGUUAGUUUUAUUUUCGAGGAAAUUAAAAUGUAAAUAAACAUUUAAAGUACUCCAAAAACAUAAUUUAAAAAAAACGUAAACUAUAAACAUUCUUUAAAUCUUAAACUUUAAAAUUUCAGAAACAAUCCUUUGCAUUUUUAAAGUAAAUGAACAUUGAUAAGUAGUAGAAGUAAACAAAGGAAAGAAAAAAAAGGGAGGGGGAUAUAAAGAAAUCCAUGGAAGUUAACUGGAAAGUGACAGAGUUAAAACCGGGACAGACCAUGGUUAACAGAAGGAAAAGGGACUGGUGGAAGGGAAAGUAAGAGAAGAACUCCACCAAGAGGAAGGACAGGAUGUACGUGGCUGACGUGAGGAGGCAACCAGGCAACAGUACACAAAGAAAAGACAAAAGAUAUUUUGAAUAAAAAUUUAUUAAAUAAAUUAACAUAUUUUUGUGUAAUUCUUCUUUUUAUCAUUCUUCUUCUUCUCCACCUUCCAACCACGUACGUCCUGUCCUUCCUCUUGGUGGAGUUCUUCUCUUACUUUCCCUUCGACCAGUCCCUUUUCCUUCUGUUAACCAUGGUCUGUCCCGGUUUUAACUCUGUCACUUUCCAGUUAACUUCCAUGGAUUUCUUUAUAUCCCCCUCCCUUUUUUUUCUUUCCUUUGUUUACUUCUACUACUUAUCAAUGUUCAUUUACUUUAAAAAUGCAAAGGAUUGUUUCUAAAAUUUUAAAGUCUUAAGUUUUAAAGAAUGUUUAUAGUUUAAAUUUUUUUUAAAUUAUAAUUUUAGAGUACUUUAAAUGUUUAUUUACAUUUUAAUUUCCUCGAAAAUAAAACUAACUUACAAAUAAUAUUUAUUUAUAUAUUUAAUAUUUUCUAUAUUAUUUAAUUAGUUAAUAUUUUUGUAUCAAUAUUAUUCUUUAUUACUUUUUUUUACAAUUAGUAUGAAGUACAUAAUUGCAUAUAUGUGACCUGGACAGUGAAAAGGGGGCAUAAGUGCGAAAAAAUAAAUUUUUUAUUGAUUGGUGAUUCUGUUAGAAAAAAGUUUUUUCUAUCAGAAUAAACAAUCAAUAACAAAUAAAUUUUUUCUCACGUGAACCCUCUUUUCACUGUCUAGGUCACAUAUGUGCAAUUAUGUAUUUCAUUGUAAUAAUAAAAAAAAUAGUAAUAAUUAAUAAUAUUGAUAAUAAAAAGAAGUUUUUUUUUGACAAAAAAACAUCUUUUUAUUAUCAAUAUUUUUAAGAGAUUUUAAAAAUUUUGUAAGUAAUAAUAUUUAUACAAAAAUAUUAAUUAAAACAAUGUUAAAAUAUAUAAUAUAUAUAAUUAAAUAUUAUGCACAUAUUAAACUUAUUUAAUGACAUUUGGGGCUUUCUAGAUGAAGAGGACAACCCCCUCUUGUUUCUUUUUCAUAUUAUUACUUUUAAAUAUUAUUAAUUUAUUAAAAAUUCACAAAACGAAGGAAAAUAGAUAUAUAUUUUGUAUUAAAUUUAAUGCCGUCAAGGAAAUUAAAUUUAAUACAAAAUAUUUACCCAUUUUCCUUCGCUUAAUAUAUUUUUAAUAAAUUAGUAAUAUUUAAAAGUAAUAAUAUUGAAAAACAAACCAGGAUAGAGAUUGCCCGCUUCAAGUGGAAUGUCCCAAUUACAAAAAAAAAUUUAGUUUUAUUUUCGAGGAAAUUCCAAAGUAAUUAUUUAAAGUACUCCGAUUAUAUAAUUUAAAAAAAAUUUUAAACUACAAACUUUAAAACUUAAGACUUUAAUAUUUUAGAAAUAAUCCUUUGCAUUUUUCUAGUAAAUAAUUGAUAAGUACUAGAAAAGUUAACAAAGGAAAGAAAAAAGGGGGAUAUAUAGAAAUUCAUGCAAUUUAACUGGAAAAUGACAGAGUUAAGUAAGGAACUUUACAUGGUUAACUUCCUGGAAAAGGGAGUGGUAUCUGGGAUAAGUAAUUGAGAAAAACUCACCUCAAUUCUGGACGUUGCUGGCACGUGGCUGAUGGCGGACUAAAUGGGUGAAGACUCGACAAGUGUCGAUGGAGUUGCGCGCGUCGCUGGAGGUGGUGGAACGCAGAACGCCUGGCGUUGAUUGGCUGAGAUUAUUCUUGAAGUGACGCUCGACGCUGGAGAGGGUAGAACACAGAACGCCGGGCGUUGAUUGGCUGACAUUAAUUUACUGGAAGUGGCGCGCAACCAAUUUUAAUUUGAAUUCUCCGAUAAUCAAAAUUAUUGUUUUAUUUUAUAAUUCAUAGAGAAUUUCAGUUGGGGUACACUUUUUCUUCUUCUUUAGAAAAUAACUGAAAAUUCAACAAAUAAUAUAUUUAUUAACAAUAAAAUAAAUAAUGUUAAUUAAUUGAGCCCGAUAUUUUUUAGAAUUCACUAAUGAACUUUUUGCGUAUUUAUAAAUAGUUUGUAUUAGAUUAUUUUACAAGUAUUCCUCCUCUAUGUCAGCAUACAAAUUUUAUCAAGAGGAAAGUAUGAAAGUUAAAUAUUAUUUUGCAUGUAAAUUAAAAACUAAGAAACCGUUAAUAGCAUACACUGUUUUAAACCAAAAUUAAAGAACAUCUUCCUUCUUUUGACUUGUGGUAUUAACAUUGGAUUUUAAUUCGUUAAAAAAACAACAAUAAAUUAUUAAAGAACUUUUUUAUUUUAUUCUUAGAAUAAUAUUAAUGAGUAACAUUAAAAAGUAAAAACUCUGUAAAAAUGUAAAGAAAUACAUUAUUUUUCAGACUAUUAAUAAUCAGUCGACUUAAUUCUUUAAUAUUGCAAAUAAAUGACUGAUAAAUACUUUUCUUUAAUCUCUAAAUCUGAAUCUAUAUAUUUAUAUAUAUGUGUUUGAAAAUAUUCAGAUUUAAAAAAAGAAAAAGAGAUCGAGUAAAUGAAAACGUAACUUAUAUUAAACAAAAUGAAACAAUUUUUCAACUAUUUCACCGAGAAUUUAACCAAGCUUCAAUUUUCGCCUCAUUCUUCUGUAACCAUUUAAUGUUGUUAAC